CCUCUCUACUAGUGGAGACUCAAUCGGGAUAUUUCAGGAGGGUCCCACCAUAGUUUUCUGGAUCUAACAAAAGUUUCUGAAGAGCAUGCAGAUGAAAAAAGGUGCCUAUUCCCCUUAUUAGGAACUAAGCAAAAGGUUCUUACUGAAAAAGGUAUAAAAAAACGAACUUUUAUCAAGAAAUAUGACCUGCAGGUUAUCAAGAUCUGAUAAAACGUAUCCAUGGACCUGAGGAUUUUCCGGAUUCCAGGUGACACGAGAUUACAUUAGGAUAUAGCCUAUUUUGGGGUCAAUGGCAACCCACGAACAGUCACGUUCACUUUUUGCUUACUGGGGUCCCAUUCCUAAUUCGGAUCUAGAAAUAGAAUCCGGAUUGAUUAGCUACUAAUUAAAACCGUAAAGCAGGCCUGGCAUUCAUGUACUUUGUGGUUAAUACGUGUAAAUCCAAAAUCCAAUAGAAAGAUAUAUAACGUUUAAAGCAAAACUCACUAAAGGUUUGGAACCUUACAGGACGCUGAAGUCGAAACCAAUUACAACGCUAAAGGACCGCCUGAUACUUCAAGAUCUUAAGACGUCCCAAGAUCACAGAUAAUUCACUAAGGAAUCUUUUCCUAAUCCAGAUACGUUAUGAGGGACGGUGGGGGGUUAAACAGCAUCAUGCCUGAUCAGACCCCCCUGUCUCUAUUUCUGGGGAUCACGUCUCAGGACCCCCAUAGUCUCACACCUCUGAGUUACAUUUCCACAGUGCAGAAGUGCAGACAGGAGGUCAAUGGUUUGGAGGAGAGCUUAGACCUUGACCUGCAGGUUCUGAGCAGGAUCCGGAAGAGUGUACGAUCUGUAUGUACAUCUGGACUUUCUCAUGUGGAAGAUCAGGAAAGUUUCGUGGAAGCACUUCAGUCUUUGGGCAAUAACCAACUUUCCUCCAACAACCAUGAACUCUCAACUGGAUUUCUGAACUUGUCCGUUCUCUCAAGGGAACUAAGUGCUCUCUUCAGCAACAUGAUAAACAAUAUGAACAGCAUUCUCUCUUUCCCCCUGGACUCCUUGCUGCGUGGUGAAUUAAAAGAUGGUCGUUCGGAGGCGAAAAAACAGACAGACAAGAGCUGGAAGGAUUUCGAGAUAAAAAUGAUGAAAAAGAUCCGAUCAGGGGCAUCUCGUGCAGAUUCAGAGAGUCCUGAGGAAGCUGAGAGAGAUAGAAGAAUGUUUCAGCUGCACAUGUGUGAGUAUCUCCUCAAACUGGGUGAGCUGCAAGUCAAACAAGGACCUGAUUUCCUCCAGUGUCUCAACAAAUUCUUCCACGCACAACACAAUUUUUUUCAGGAUGGAUUAAAUGCAGCUCAAAGUCUUCUUCCUUUCAUUGAGAAGUUAUCCUCUGCCCUCCAUACAAUUCAUCAGGCACAGGAUGAGGAACUAAAGCAACUUUCAGACCUAAGAGAUAAUCUGCAGAAACAGCUCCAGAUAGAGAAUAAAGAGGAAGGUCUAUCUCGGAAGGAUUCUGGUAGUGGAUACAGUCUGCACCAGCCUCAAGGGGACAAACAGCAUGGGAGUGAGAAAUCUGGGUUUCUGUACAAAAAGAGUGAGGGGAUUAGAAAAGUUUGGCAAAAAAGAAAAUGUGGAGUAAAAUACGGAUUUCUUACUAUAUCUCAUAGCACGAUUAAUCGGCCUCCUGUUAAGAUUAAGUUACUAACGUGUCAAGUGCGCCCAAACCUAGAGGACAAACGCAAUUUUGACCUGGUUACACAUAACAGAACUUACCACCUUCAGGCUGAAGAUGAAUUUGAGGCACAAAUCUGGGUCUCAGUUCUACAGAACAGCAAAGAGGAGUCUCUAAAUGCAGCAUUUGGUGGGGAUGGGGCUUCUGUUGAUGGUGCCCAGCAGCUAACAAAACAGAUCAUUAGCGAGAUGAGGAACCUGCCUGGUAACCAAGUGUGCUGUGACUGCGGAGCCCCAGACCCCUCAUGGGUCUCCACCAACCUUGGGGUCCUGAUCUGCAUCGAGUGCUCUGGAAUUCACCGGGAUCUGGGUGUGCGGCAUUCUCGUGUUCAGUCAUUAACCCUUGACAUGCUGAGCCCUUCCGAACUUCUGGUUGCUUUUGCCAUUGGGAACACAAAGUUAAAUGAGGUUCUAGAAGCCGUUCUACCCAUCCCAAAUCCUAAGCCCACCCCCAGCAGUGACAUGAUUGCCAGAAAGGAUUACAUUUGUUCUAAGUAUGUAGAGCGCAGCUUCGUGGUCAGAGAUCACUAUGAUGCUGUGCAAGGAGUGAGAGAUGCUAUUCAAAACCAGAACAUGAAGGCCUUGCUGCAGAGUGUGGCAUGGGGAGCUGAACUGGGGAGACCUCUGCCCUCCCAGAACACUCAGGAUGUCGGUGAAUAUCCUCUACAUCUGGCUGUUCGUCUGUCUGAACGGAUGUCUGUACCACUAGUUGAUUUUAUUAUCCAGAAUGGGGGAUCUUUAGACAGAACAACGAAAGAGGGGGACACAGCACUACAUUAUGGUGUAAAAUAUAAUAAACCUGACUGUAUACGACUUCUACUGAAAGCAAAAGCAUCUUUGAAUGCAGUUAAUAAUAAAGGAUUAACUCCUUUGAUGCUGGCUCAGAGCUUGAAUCAUGUAGAAUGUGAAGAGCUGCUCGAAAAGGCCCAAGAAUGGAUGUUUCAAAGUGAAGUGGAUUUUGAUUGGUUCCGCCAGGAAGAAGAAGAGAGCAAUAGUGAAGAAGAGGAGGGUGAGAAGCUGAGCCCACUUUUCCCAAAGCCUUUGCCGCUGUCUCCCAUAAGGUUCCAGUAUCAACUUGGCUCCUCAGGGCUCGACAUUAGCAACAGGACAUAUGAGACAAUUGUUAUUCCAUCAAGGCCCCCAGCACCUCAAAGAUCCCGAAGUGAGGAAGCGCCACCUCCCCUCCCUGCCAAAUCCAGCAUACGCCGGUGCUCCCCCAUUUCGCCUUUGCCUUCUGCACAUCUGGAGCGCCCCCUCAGUGCUCUUUGUAGUCCCUCUAUUGUAGAAGAAUGUGAUAAAAUGGCUGAAGAGGGACUACGGAGACGGGCAUCCGAACCUCCCCGCUACUCCUCUGUACAACCUCCCAUGGCUCAGCGGAACAGCUUGGAGGGUGUCAAAUCAUACAGGAGAGUACGAACAGCUCCUACCAGUCACUUCCACUUUGAAAAACCACAAAUAGGACCCCAGACUUUAAGUAGUGUUGCCCAGGACACCCCCAAAGGUGUGCUGUAUAGGGGACGAAGUACCCAGGAUGAUAAUCUGCAGCACCCGCCCCACAACCAAUGAUGGCAAAAUAUGGGGAAUGCCCGGUCUGCACCAGUUUAAUGCUUUUCCAUGUCCAGACCUUAGAUUUAAUAGGGACCUUUUUUUGCACCUUAUAUAGACAAACCAAGAAAGCUUUAUCUUAUAAAUGGUGACAUCAUAGGAACAGGCUCAGACAGCCCUAAAGUCUGUAGGCUGGCUUCCUGACUACAGAUUAUAGGUGCACUCAGAUAACCCUGGGGUACAUAGGCUGGCCUCCUGACUGCAGAUUAUAGGUGCAUGCUCAGAUAACCCUGGGGUACAUAGGCUGGCCUCCUGACUACAGAUUAUAGGUGCACUCAGAUAACCCUGGGGUACAUAGGCUGGCCUCCUGACUGCAGAUUAUAGGUGCAGGCUCAGAUAACCCUGGGGUACAUAGGCUGGCCUCCUGACUGCAGAUUAUAGGUGUAGACUCAGAUUACCCUGGGGUACAUAGGCUGGCCUCCUGACUACAGAUUAUAGGUGCAGGCUCAGAUAACCCUGGGGUACAUAGGUUGGCCUCCUGACUACAGAUUAUAGGUGCAGGCUCAGAUAACCCUGGGGUGCAUAGGCUGACCUCCUGACUGCAGAUUAUAGGUGCAGACUCAGAUAACCCUGAGGUACAUAGGCUGGCCUCCUGACUACAGAUUAUAGGUGCAGGCUCAGAUAACCCUGGGCUACACAGGUUGGCCUCCUGACUACAGAUUAUAGGUGCACUCAGAUAACCCUGGGGUACAUAGGCUGGCCUCCUGACUGCAGAUUAUAGGUGCAGGCUCAGAUAACCCUGGGGUACAUAGGCUGGCCUCCUGACUGCAGAUUAUAGGUGCAGGCUCAGAUAACCCUGGGGUACAUAGGCUGGCCUCCUGACUACAGAUUAUAGGUGCAGGCUCAGAUAACCCUGGGGUACAUAGGUUGGCCUCCUGACUACAGAUUAUAGGUGCAGACUCUGAUAACCCUGGAGUACAUAGGCUGGCCUCCUGACUACAGAUUAUAGGUGCAGGCUCAGAUAACCCUGGGGUACAUAGGUUGGCCUCCUGACUACAGAUUAUAGGUGCAGACUCCAAUAACCCUGGGGUACAUAGGCUGGCCUCCUGACUACAGAUUAUAGGUGCAGGCUCAGAUAACCCUGGGGUACACAGGUUGGCCUCCUGACUACAGAUUAUAGGUGCAGGCUCAGAUAACCCUGGGGUACAUAGGCUGGCCUCCUAACUGCAGAUUAUAGGUGCAGGCUUAGAUAACCCUGGGGUACAUAGGCUGGCCUCCUGACUGAAGAUGAUAGGGACAGGCUCAGACAGUCCUGGGGUAUAUUAGAUGGGCUCUAGACUGCAGGUGAUAGGGACAGGCUCAGAGUAGCCUAUGCUAGUGACUGGACUCCUGACUUCAGAUUAUAAGGAUAGGCUCAGACAGUCCUGGGGCAUAUAGGGCGCCUUCCUGACUGCAGAUUGAAGAGACAGGCUAAAACAGCCAAAGCUAUAUUAAGUGACAUUCUGACUGUAGAUUACAGGGGCAUGCACAUAUAGCCCUGAGUUACGUAGAAUGGCCUGACUUCAGAUAAUAGGGCUGAAGUAUAUAGGCUACCUACUGACUGCAUGCUAUAGGAAGAGGCAGAGACAUGUAAUAUAACCUCCUGACCUCAGAGAGGGUAAGAUUCAAGCAGUCACCGGAAACUCCUUAUUCAUUAUGUUUAAAAGCCAUGGUGGAACCCCAUAGGAGAAUGUGUACUAAAUGUAUUGAUUUCACUUUAAACAAUAAAGAUCAGCUGUUGUCUUUAAAAGAAUUAUCACCAGAGGAUUCUGACGAGGGGGAAGUUAUGCCGACUAACUCUCCCCACGUGUCGGACCCUUUGACUCCCGCUCAAGGGACUCACGCUAAAAUGGCGCCAAGUACAUCAAAGACGCCCAUAGCGAUUACUUUGCAGGACAUGGCGGCAAUCAUGCAUAAUACCCUGUCAGCGCUAUUAGCCAGACUGCCUGAAUUCAGAGGAAAGCGCGAUAGCUCUGGGGUUAGACGUAAUACAGAGCGCGCAGAUGUUUUAAGGCCCAUGUCUGAUACUGCGUCACAAUAUGCAGAAGCUGAGGAAGAGCUUCAGUCUGUGGGUGACGUCUCUGACUCGGGGAAACCUGAUUCAGAUAUGUCUAACCUCCUGAUUACCGUUUUUUUUUAGUAUGAGGAAAACACAUUCCUGAGGUAUAUAUAGGAUCACUUCCUGACUGCAUUUUAUACUGAAAAGUUUAAAAAAUCAUGGAGUCACAAAUGCUAAUUUUAUCGACUUUCUAAAUACUAAGGUAUAGUAUAUAGGAAUUUAGGUCAGAGCUUGAUAAAUCUUUGGAGCCAGUUUUUAAAAUCCAAUUUCUGGCUCCUAACGUUUUGGAUUUUUCUACAUCCCUAAAUUAAAACUAUUCCUAGACUCCUUAAUAUUUUUGUCAACCUCCGAUUUUAGGUUUUAUAUGAAUUUUUCUUACUCUUUUCACUAAAUAAAAAAAAUAUUUAAAAUGG